AUGGCCCUGCCAGCCCUUCAACCAGUGGGCAGCAGCCAGACAACCCCCGACUGUGACAAGGAGGGCUUACGAUGCCACCCUGCUCUUGAGAGCGCCGGGGGCUGUGAGCGCGGCAGAGCGCUGACCUGGAACUGCCGCGUGCCCACGGGUGUCCCAUGGGAAGGAGGAGCCGAGGGCAGCCCUGACCGCAGGCUCUCCGGAGCAGGCAGCGGGCCAGCCGGCUCUGGCACCCGGCCCGGAAGUCUGUCCUGCCCCUUCACUGUGACUCUGCAAAACAGUGGGGCGGCGGCCGUGACGAUGACGAUGGCUGGGCAAGGAGGAAGCAGAGGAGCCUGGCUGGGCGUUGCACUGCUCCGGGCAGAGCGGAGGGCUCGGCUGAGCAGGACAGAGGGAGGCAAAGGCCGGCUGGCAGCCACAGCCAUGGCUGAGGACGAGGACAGAAGCAUCCACACACAGCACAUCUCGGACGUGCACAACGUGCCCAUGCGUGUCCUCAUCCGGCCCAUCCCAUCAGAGCUGGAUUCGGCAAAGGUGCAGAGCCUGAUGGAGACCCUGCAGGAGGAUCCUGAGCGGGUGCCCCCCAUCGACGUGCUCUGGGUCAAAGGCAGUGAGGGCGGCGAUUACUUCUACUCCUUCGGGGGCUGCCACCGCUUUGCUGCCCACCAGGCACUCCGCCGGGAAACCAUCCCCGCCAAGAUCAUCCCCUCCACCCUCAGCGACCUCCGGACCUACCUCGGCUCCUCCACGCCACACCUGCGCUAGCCCAGCAGCCCGAGGAUGCCCAGCAGCCCCCUAUGGCCCGUUGGUUCCGAUCCGAGAACCCCUGAUGAGGAUGUGGGCGGAGUCCCCAGCCCUGGAGAGUCCCCAGGGUUCCUCCAGCCGGGAUGGGUCAUGGUCUCCCAAACUUGGAGGGACCCCGGGGUCCCUCCAGCCGGGAUGGAUCAUGGUCCCCCAGACUUGGAGGGUCCGGGGUCCCUGCAGCCGGGAUGGAUCAUGGUCCCCCAGACUUGGAGGGUCCGGGGUCCCUGCAGCCGGGAUGGAUCAUGGUCCCCCAGACUUGGAGGGUCCGGGGUCCCUGCAGCCGGGAUGGAUCAUGGUCCCCCAGACUUGGAGGGUCCGGGGUCCCUGCAGCCGGGAUGGAUCAUGGUCCCCCAGACUUGGAGGGUCCGGGGUCCCUGCAGCCGGGAUGGAUCAUGGUCCCCCAGACUUGGAGGGUCCGGGGUCCCUGCAGCCGGGAUGGAUCAUGGUCCCCCAGACUUGGAGGGUCCGGGGUCCCUGCAGCCGGGAUGGAUCAUGGUCCCCCAGACUUGGAGGGUCCGGGGUCCCUGCAGCCGGGAU